AUGUUGUGUGAAUGUGAACUAUGUGUAUCGUUUAUUUGGAUUGAAGUUAUUUUUGUAGCCUAUGAACUGUCAUCCGGCAGUGUGCGUCCCAUUUAUAUCUAUAAAUUGCAAACUAAUCCUAAAUCUUAUUUUCACCUUAUUCUUUAUCAACUUAUCAUCAUGGCCACAAAUAACAAUAUUCAACUAAAUGCAAUUAACACCGUCCCAUUAUCUUCUAAUAACGUUAAUUCAGAGCAUGGUAGCGCUCGCUUAGACCUCUUCACAAAUGAAGCUGGAGAUCCGUCAUCAGGAAAUGUUAAUUCAAAUAUUCCAUCUCAACCAGAUUUGAGCAUUCCAAGAUUUAUUUCCAAUCAAGGCCCAUCCGACUUGAAUUCAAUUGACAUCGAGCAAUUUAAGCUGUUCCAACAGUUUCAACAAUUUUUAAAACUAACCAACAAUCCUCAAUCUCAAAACUCAUCGACUCCAAGCUCACCAACACCAGAAAUUUUCAACUUACCACAACAAAUUCCAAUAGAACCAAAAAUACAAACUCCAUCACCUCCACCAAUUAUUAUGAAUCCAAACUCUCAACCAUCAUCAUUAACAUCAAUCACUAUCAAUUUAACCAAGGUUAAAUCACCAGAUGAAUUCAACUUAUGGAUUAUUCAUUUUAUUAAAUUUUUAAAUGGACGUCUUUUAACUGACGUGAUUCCAGAUGAAUUCGGUACCGCUAAAAGAUUAUGUACAAAUCAGGAAAAGAAAUUUAUUACAUACAUUUUUAAACAACAUGUACCUUAUGAUCAUUAUCCAUCAUGGAUGAAGAUUGCAUUGCAAGAUCCGCAUCUAUAA